UGCACAGGUCAAGUCUUCCAAGAAAACCUGUGUCUCUCGAUCUCACCUCAAUUCACGUAUAUCUUGCGGAGAUUGGGCGAUCGAGGUGUUGCAUCCGGCCUCGGAUGAAGACUACGUUUUCUCGAUGGAUUGUGGUGCGUAUGCCUCGCUGAUGUCUGGCUUCCUGCUGGGUUUGUCGGUCUUGGCACAGUUGCAUCUCAGCUCCGUCGCCGGGUCGGCUUUGACCGUCCACAAGGAGUGCGGAUCUGCUGGGAUUUGGUAUUCGUGGUCGCCGGACGGGUAUGAGUUCUUUGUAGGUCGGAAGAAGGUGGACGAUUCUGUUUCUUUGUGCCAAGAGUUGGUAUCGUACUUCGCGAGCGGGUGUUCGGUUUGUAAGUCUCAUGCGAAGGAAUGGGAAAGGCUCGGCAAGGACUACUGCGGCCUGGACUUGCCAGUCUUUGCCGUCGAGGAGAGUGAUGCGUGUUCCUCGGUGGACCUGCUAAGAUUAGAAGGGAGAGAAUUUCUGCAACCAUCGUCAGAUGCCGUCACUGUUGAUGAGCUAAAGCGAAAGAAGGAGCAACAAUAUAUUUUAAGUGCAGCGCCUGAUAAUGUUAUGUUAACCAUUUCAGGAGCUUUGUUUUUCUGCUGCAGUUUACUUUGUCCUUGUCUUCGUUCAAAACGCAAGGACAUUAGUGAGGAUCCUGUUCUUGGUGGAGAUUCGGGAUCAUUGGAUUCUUUUGCAUUAAGAUCAAAUUCAGAAAGGAUACCAGGAACUCCACUGAGAGUACCCCCUAGUCCAUCUCGGUUUUCAUUGUCUCCACAACCAAGUAAAGUUGAGCCAUCACAUCUCAGCCUCAGUGAGAUCGUCAAACUUACUCAUAAUUUCUCACCUUCUCAAGUUAUAGGCAAAGGUGGUUUUGGAACUGUCUAUAAGGCUGAGUUGCCCGACAGGCAGGUUAUUGCUAUUAAGCGAGCAAAGAAGGAACAUAUUGCUGUUUUACAAGCCGAGUUUAGAAAUGAAGUUGAACUCCUCACCAAAAUCGAACACAGAAAUUUGGUCAGGUUACUCGGUUACACUCAUAAUGGAAAUGAACGGAUUAUCAUUACUGAGUAUGUUCCUAAUGGUACUUUAAGAGACCAUUUGGAUGGUAAGUAUGGGAAGAUUUUGGAUUUCAGUCAGCGGCUAGAAAUAGCCAUUGAUGUUGCUCAUGGGUUGACUUAUCUUCAUAUAUAUGCAGAGAAGAGUAUCAUCCAUCGUGAUGUGAAGUCAUCAAAUAUUCUGCUGACUGAAGGCUUUAGAGCAAAAGUAGCUGACUUUGGCUUUGCUAGAACAGGACCCACAGAAGCAGACCAGACUCACAUUGAAACCAGAGUCAAAGGAACAGCCGGGUAUGUCGACCCAGAAUACCUCAAGACGUAUCAUCUCACACCAAAGAGCGAUGUUUACUCCUUUGGUAUCUUGCUACUGGAAAUUUUUUCGGCACGUCGCCCCGUAGAAAUAAAGAGGACAUAUGAGGAAAGGAUUACUGUAAGAUGGGCUUUCAGCAAAUAUAACGAAGGCAAUGAGAGAGAAAUACUGGAUCCUCGGCUGCGGGAAGUGGUAGAAGAUGAGGUACUACAGAAGAUAUUUGCUUUGGCUUUUCAGUGUGCUGCGCCUACACGUAGAGACCGGCCAGCCAUGAGAGAAGUUGUAGAACAGCUAUGGGAAAUAAGAAAAGACUAUGGCAGGCGUCGCAGGAGAACAUAAAAGGAGAACACACAUGUACAGAAGCUAUCGUGACUGAAUUAAUGACUCUGCUACUUGAACAAUACAAGUUUUACUCCUCUGUGUUGAACAUUGCCUUUUGGACCAUUCUUGCAGUGUGUUAAGAACAAACUCGAUAUCAAAGAUGUGCAGUCUUUAUGAUGCUUGUGCUCUGUAAUUUAAUCAUUGGGAUGUUUUCA